ACACUCCGUGUUAGAUGCGUUCAGCUCAUUGACAGGAGGACAAUCCUCAUCCGUAAGCUACCAGCAGAGCUCCAGAGCUUCAAACAAAACCGGCCCCUCAUUCCUUCACAAAGCCAGCAGCUCCCUCCAGCUUCUCCGUCCGGCAAUGAAACAGACUCUGAGCGAACUGAUGAGGAUGAGCAGGAUAUGCCGGAUGGUAUUUGCCACUUGUUUGGGAUCCUUUAUUCUGGUCAUCUUUUAUUUCCAAAGUAUGUUCCAACCAGUCAUGCGGAGGAACCACUUUGUGGUGGGCGGCUGCUGUAGGAAAGGGUCUCGCAACGCCCUGCAAGAGCUCUACAACCCCACACAGCCGGACUUGUCAGAAGCAGCCUUGCUCCAUCAAGCCAGGAGGGAUCAGGUAGUGGAUGCUUGUCGAGUCUACAGUGCAUCCAGCCGUAAGAGGCGGGUUUUGACACCUGGAGACCUCAAACACCUUGUGGUGGAUGAGGACCAUGAGCUCAUCUAUUGUUAUGUCCCCAAGGUGGCCUGUACCAAUUGGAAACGCGUCAUGAUGGUGCUCACAGGCCGGGGAAAAUACAGUGACCCAAUGGAAAUCCCUUCCAAUGAAGCCCACAUUUCCUCCAACCUGAAAACGCUGAACCAGUACAGCAUUGCUGAGAUCAACCAUCGCCUCAAGAACUACCUCAAGUUUCUCUUUGUUCGUGACCCCUUUGAGAGGCUUGUCUCUGCAUACCGCAACAAGUUCACCCUCAAGUACAACUCAUCCUUCCACAAGCGUUUUGGCACUCGUAUAGUACGGCGCUACCGCAAGAAUGCCACACAGGAUGCCCUGCUCAAUGGUGCUGAUGUCAAAUUUAAGGAAUUCAUUGAGUACCUAGUUGACCCGGCUACACAGCGUGAUGGCCCACUCAAUGAGCACUGGCAGACUGUCUAUCAGCUUUGCCACCCAUGUCACAUCCAUUAUGAUCUUGUGGGCAAGUAUGAGACACUGGAGGAAGAUGCAAACUAUGUGUUGCGGCUGGUGGGUGUUGGUGACUCCCUGCGCUUCCCGAGCUAUGCCAAAUCUACUCGUACUACAGAUGCCAUGACAGCCCAAUUUUUCAGCAAUAUCAGUACUCAACAGCAGAUCCAACUCUACCAGCUUUACAAAUUGGACUUCCUCAUGUUCAAUUACUCCACACCCAGCUACCUUCGGUUGGAGUAAUGCAGGACAGAGCUUUGACUCUGAAAAUCGUUGCCUUGUUUAAGGAGAAGACAGAAUUUUUAGGAUGCAAACUUGAUUAAAAACCUGUCAUUGUAUUUUGCAGGUGUGGGGUAUGAAUUAGACAUAUAAACAAAUGCUGAAAGUAAGAAAAGGUGUGCUUGUAUGGGCCUAACUGGGUAGAUGUCCAGUCAACUCUGGGUGACACAGAGAGCACUGAUUGGAUGAGAAUGGGGUCUAAAUGGACCAAACGCAUGCAAAGACUAAACUGUGUUGGUGAAGCAGGUCUUCAAGAAGUUUUAAACAGGGAACCUAUCCUGAGAGGAUAUUCCCAACACCCCAACAAACUGCUAAGAAAUUAGGCUGCUUCAGCUUCUGCAAAGCAAUCAGCAGCCUUGCACGUGCCCUGACUCAAUACAUUGUGGAAGCUAAGUUUAC